GAUACGGAUUUCAAAUGUGUAGGGAACUGGCGCUUUUUCCAUCUUUUCCUCAUUCAAAUAUCAAGAAAGUUGCCGAACCCAGGCUAGCUAGCUAAUGUCGGUAGUAGACCAGAAAUAGGUGAAGUUACCUUAAAGGGCUACAGUUUGAAGUCAAUGAAAAUGAAGUGUCUGUCCAACUACGAGGAACCCCGCUUUCCAUGUGGCAUGGAGAAACAUGUCACAUACAAGGAGUCAGGCCUCAAAACCUCACCACUCAUGGGAUGCGUCCAAGUAGUAGUCAAACAACUCUCUCCAGGUGUCACCUCUGCCAAUGUUUGCCUCAAGGAUGAUGUGAAAGGUGUUCACAAUAAGGAGAACAACCAUCAUGACAGGACCCUUGACGAGGUGAACCUAGGCUGUGAAGCAUUCGAGGACAGCGGUUACCUGUCUUUACAGAACAGCCAGAUAGAGGACUUUUAUAACGUAAAGGAACAAGGGGAGUCACUAGGACAGGAUAUAUUCUCCCCAUGUACUCCAGUUGCUGAUUAUCACAAGGCUAAGCAUACUGCCUCUCAACUCCCCAUACUGAAGUUUCAACAUGCCAUAUGCCAAGAACUCACCAAUAGCUUCAAGAGGACCCAGAGCUAUGACUGGACUGUCAUUAGCCGGCUAGCAGAGGACUCCGGCCUUGAAAGGGUUAUUGGUGGGAAUAUGGGCCUUGAAUGUAUGGAUGUUUUAAAAGCACUGCUGGAGAGGGACAUGAAGCACAUCCUAACCAGGAUCCUGCGUCUGCUUGAUGUUGACUUGAUAAGCUGUAGAAAAGUGAGCAAGACCUGGAGAAAAAUAAUCUGCCAAGACAAGUCUGCACUCCGUAAAUGCUACCAGGCUGAACAGAGACUCCGGGACUCAAGAACCCCUGUAGGACUGGAGAAUGUGGGCUCUUUGACGCGAGACGUGACCCUGUCCAGGGUUGUAAUGUCCUGCAUGCAGAGAGUAGCUUCAACCCCUAUCCAGAAGUCUACCAAGAGGAUGCUCUCCCAGAGAGAAUGCACACAGGCGCCGUACUGCUGCCAGCAAUCUCGCUUCAGAGAAUACCAAGAGGCUGCCAGUUUGCUGAAGCAGCACGAGUCGCUGAAGCCCUGUAAGCGCUGCGGCUCUCCAGCCAAGCACAACGCAGACGCAAUGAGGGCCACCUGUACCCGCUUCAGUUGUGCCUUUGACUUCUGCACCCAGUGCCAGGGCCCCUUCCAUGGCUCCUCAGCCUGCCGCACGCGGCUGACCUGGCGGUCUUGCAGCUCCAGAGCCACCCCCAUCCUCAUUGGCAGUGCUCGCAGCAAGCGGAACAUCAGGCGCCUGUGAGAUCAACACAGCCUGCGAUAAAGACCCAAUCGCUCACCUUUUUUAAAACUAACAGAAGUUCUAAGGAAUAUUUGUUUUAUUCAUAGGCCUUUUAGCCCACUGCCUCCUCGCCACAGACCAAAGGGAUCUCGGCUAUUGGAAUACUCUGCUUUAGAAUACUACUGUAUUCUGGGGCUAUCAAGUGAUGCCAGUUCUCCGGCAUAUGUCGUCAGAAAGUGACAAUCGUACUGGAAGCCCAAAACAAGAACGUCCCACUGAAUGCAGGGGAAUUUUUCCUAGACUUUUAUUUUUCUUAAUGAAAUGUCCUUGUCCUCUUCAUAUAUUUGUAAGUCUUUUAAA